AUGAAGUAUUCUAGAACAGAUGUCUUAAGGCAGCAGUGUAACAUGCAAGUUUCGUUUGGGAAGAACCCAACUCUGACAGCCAAAAGAAGACGCAUUGGUGAAGAUGCAGAUCAAGAUGACUCAGUUUGGAAAAAGAGAAGUGUGUUCUUUGAACUCCCGUACUGGAAGGAUCACAUGUUGCGUCAUAACCUUGACGUGAUGCACAUAGAGAAGAACAUUUGUGACAAUGUGGUCUACACUAUCUUAAACGAUAGCGUCAAAUCAAAAGAUAAUCUUAAAGCUCGCAAAGAUUUACAAAGCAUGGGCAUAAGGCCUGAAUUGUGGCCGGACGAAGUGAAGGAUGUAUUCCUGAAGGCUCUACAGAAGGUGAUUUUUCUAGAUGGUUACUCGAGCAAUAUUGCUCGUUGUGUUGACAUCCGGCAGCGCAAGUUGUAUGGGUUGAAGAGUCACGACUGCCACAUUCUAAUGGAACAAUUACUUCCAAUUUUGGUGAAGAAUGCAUUGCCAAGUCCAGUAUCGAAUGUGAUUGCGAAUCUGUCCUCAUUUUUACGAGAACUCUAUGGAAAAGCUGUAAAUCCUAUGCAGCUUGGUGCCCUUCAGAAUCAUGUUGUGCAAACUCUGUGUCAGAUGGAAAUGAUAUUUCCUCCGUCCUUCUUCACUGUCAUGGUUCACCUUACGGUGCACCUCGUUGAUGAACUAAAACUUGGUGGCCCGGUACAUUAUCGGUGGAUGUAUCCAAUAGAAAGGUACUUGGGACGAUUGAACCAAUACGUGCGUAACAGGGCACAAGCUGAAGGCUCAAUUGCGGAGGGCUAUUUAUCCGAGGAGAUUUUGACAUUCUGCUCCAGAUAUUUGGAUAAUACUGAGACUAGAAUCAACCGACCAGCGCGAGUUGACGAUCGACCUGUUGAUAUUACAAACAAUAUAGGAUGUACUAUGUUCCCUGAAAUUGGAAAAGCUUCAGGGGCUGUAUCACAUUUUGUACUGACCCCAAUGGAAAGAGAUCAGGCACAUCGUCAUGUGCUAGUCAAUUGCGAGGCCGUCGCUCCAUUUAUUGAGUCAGAAACCAAGCGAAAAUUACGGGAUCAAACAAGGUUGCACUCUAAGAUAGACCGUGUUGUGCAUGCAGAAUUUCCUUGUCGAUUCAAGCGUGAGGUUCCAAUGGACAGUACUGUACAUUCGAAAGAAAUGAAGUUGCUGGCAUGUGGUCCCAUGCUUCAGGCAAGACGGUUUGGGGCAUACAACGUUAAUGGGUACAAGUUUAGAACUAUCACAAAGGAAGACGGGCUGAAAACACAAAAUAGUAGAGUUUAUGUCUCAUCAAAUAUAAGAAGUUAUGACAGCAUGCGUGACAACAGAGUGGCUGUUGGUAGUGUUCCAUAUUAUGGAAAAAUUGUGGACAUAAUCGAACUGAACUACAGCUGCCAUUUCACAGUAGUUUUGUUCAAAUGUAUUUGGGCUGAUACAACUACGAGCAAAGGAAUUAAAGAAGACCAUCUGGGCCUUACCAGCGUUAAUUUCGCUCGUCCAAUUCACACCGGUGAUCGAGAAGAGGAUAAAUCGUACAUAUUGGCAUCAGAAGCUCAGCUCGUGUACUAUGUACGUGAUGAAGUAGAUCAAGAAUGGAGUGUAGUGGUUCAUGUAAAACCACGAGACUUGUAUGACAUGGAAGGAGAGAAUGAGGAUGCUGAAGCUGCUUUUUCUCCUCAACCCGGGUUGAACAUGUCAGCAGCAGGUGACAUCAGUGAUUUACAGUUGACAAGGGAUGAUGAUAUAGAAGACCCAGUAGCAGAUGGUUCUGAUAACAUAGAUUAUGUGCCAUAG